CUAUCCAAUUUUAUGGGAAAUGGGGGGUUCGGAUGACUGGAAAUAUAUUCGAAACAAAUUUGGUUGUGGCAAGAUGAACAGUAAGAAAUAUGGUAAGUGGUGCGACUACGAUAUAAGGAUGAAACACAGAAAAGUUUCGAGUUCAACUAAAUUAGUUGGACAACUGCUACCUUCAGAUGACAAAGGCUAUUGGAAGUUUAGAAAGGUGUCCGAGGAAUAUGACCAAUCAGGUUAUUCACCAAGUGAGAUGAGCCGAAAGCUCCUUGAACUCGCAACUCAAGAAGAAGAUACUGAAGAAUGGCGUAGAAAGUUCAAAAAAAAUGUCCCAGGAGUUGGCUGAAAAGAUGUCAAAUCAGGAAACCCSUGACAAGAAUUAUG